AUGAAUUCGAAUAAACAUGAUAAUAAUCAAUCAACACAAGUUCUUAAUCAUACUACAUAUCCACAUGAUCAAUCUAUUGAACAUCAACAUCAUCUAUCUAAAUAUAGAUGUUUUCAUAGGAAUAAAAUUUAUGAUAAAUCUCAACAAAUAUCUAAGAUUCAACCAAAUUCAAUUAUUGAUAAUUCUCAUAUUUUAUUACCUGAUCAAUAUAUUCGUGAUUUAACUGAUGUUUAUCGACGUGAAAAAGAUUUUUUAGAACAACAAAAUAAUUAUACAUCACAUAAAGAAAUAUUUAUCAAUAUAAAAGAAAAUCCGGAAAAAGAAAAUGAUGAAUGUGAACCAAAAUAUUAUAUUAAAGAGUAUUAUUAUACAAUUCCUUGUAUUUGUGAAACUUCAUUACCAGGAAGAAUAUUUCAAAAUUUUGUCAAUGGAAUUAAACUUAGUAUUGAAUUUUUUCUAUUUAUCAAUGAUGUUAUUCGACGUCGUCAUGAAUUUAUUGAAUACCAUUAUCCAUUCAAUAGGCAUCAAUCAUACAAUUGUCAAGUAAAUCAUAAUUAUCCAUUUGUUCAUCGUUCAACAUAUAGUAAUAAAAUGAUAAAAUUAAAUUCAAUACGCAAUCAAUUGAAUAAAAAACCUUCACCAAUGAAACAUACAACAACGAGUACAUAUUAUGAUAUUCAUUAA